AUGCGUGCGAUCAACAUUGUUGUGUCUGUUGCUGUCAUUCGCCAUGGUACGCAAAGCGAGGCUCUUGCGACGGCAGUUUUGGGCCACAAGGGAGUCUCAUCGCUGAGUGAGACCAUCAACUUCCUUGACUCUGAUGGCCGUCUCGCGGACUCGGCUAGUCACCGUCACUUGAGAGGUUACAAGAGCACUGAUGAAGAGAGAAACAUGGUUGAGCCGCUUGCAAGAGCACUCAUCAAGCAUUUUCCAGAAUUGUUUAAAACGCUUUCCAUUUCCAUGGCACACGUGAAGGAGCUUGCGAAUGUCAUUGCAGAACACCCAACGAUCGUGCUUGGGGCGCUCAUUGAAAAUGGUGUCACGUUUGAUGCACUUCGUGCGGCAUUGGACCCUUUAUUGGCCACCUUUGAAAUGGCGAGGGGUGAAAAUCACUUUCGGCCGUACUUGUCUGAUUUCAUCGCUACCUAUAAAACCAUUGAGAUGAACGAGGAUGUCAAGUAUUGCGACAAACUAUUGGCUGAACUACUAAACAGCCCCGAAUGA